UUAAGCUCUGUUUUGCUCUCACUACUCUUCGUGAUGCUGCGUGUUGGGUAUGUCGCCAUUGGGGAAAGGGCCUUGCUGCAUCCAGUGCCACUGACUGAAGUGAAGUGCUACGAGGACCCGACCACUGCCAUCGCAGCUUCUGUUCGACUGAGCAUCAAAGAGUUGGGAUUCAGUUUGAGUGAGACUGGCGCCACGAAGUGGAAGAAGCGAAUGCACAAAGAAACCGUUGCAAACGUUCUUCCAGAGGCCAUCUGCCAGCAAAAAUCCAAGACUCUUUUGGAGGUGCGCAUUGAGAACUUUCAACAGGCCUACCAGGCCGGGCAUGUGGCGAAGUUGCAGCAGCCCGGCUGUGCCUUUCAGGUCGCAAGGUUGGAUCUGCAGGAGUGCGAAUGGGCUCGCAUCACCGUGUUGGAGGCCACUCUUUUGGCAAAGAUGACCAAGCCCGAUGGUGACUUUGAAGGCUGUGAGCAUCUUGCCUGGCGUUUUUUCACCCCGAAAGUGGACAUGAAGAAGUUGGCCGGCAUCUUGACCAAGAACGUGGUCAAGCCCGCCACGCAGGCACGCGGGUUGACGAAGGAGUUCACCAUCCAUGAGCAUGCCAUUGGAGAUGAUGCGCUUGGAACUUGGACCUACAUUCCUGCCGCUGCUAGCCCGAUGACCGACUUCUGGGCAAAAGCUGCCGGUGAAGAGGAGGGGAAAGUGGCGAAGCGCAACUUUCAGGCCCAGCUGUCUGUCAACAUCCUCAAGAAGACACCGCUUGCAGACAUGAUCCAGAGCGAAAGUGACAAGCUUUUAUCGGAAAAGAUCCUUGGUGAAAUCAAGGCAUUGAAGAAGCGCCGCUUGGACUUCAACCAGGAAAUCGAUCAAGAGAUCGAAUUUCUGCAGCAAUCUCUCCCACGCACAGAAGCGAGCUUGCAAGCAGGGAGUGCAGGAAGUGCACCUUUGGCCGUUGAGGUGCCCAAGAGCUCGGAGCAGCCCUGAUGGCCACUUUGGUUUUACAACGCGCUCGCAC